GUCGAACCAGUGCGGCGUGGAAAUGAGUGGUGUGCGCGUUGAAUAAGAAGAUGUUGGCAAUGACGCAAGUAUUUACAUUUUUUUUUUAAGGCUCGAACGACGAAACUCACCUGAUUCUGGGGCAGGAGGGAAUUCAACCACCUGAUAAUUGAUAUUCACCUUUUAAUUUAUGAUUGCAAUCUUAAGUCAAGAGUACCUCAUAUUUACCAUAUCGAUUCUCGUCUCACAAUUCCAUCCCGUCAUAUUUCGAGCUUAAAUAAGCUUGGUAACUAUCGCAUCAAUCGACUUAACGAAUAAAUAUAUCCUCUCACCAUACAACCGCGGCAGUGUCGCACAACCCUCUUCCCCGCCGCACAGCAGAUACACAAGGGGGAGGAAGCUGAAGCGGUUACUCAUUCGAAUUAAACCUCUCCUUUCUAGCCAAGAAUAGUAGAAGGAAAGGAAGAAUAGAAAGCGAAUAAACAUGUCUAUACCAACCGCACCCCUCCUAGCACCCUACACAGCUUCACCUCUCCCGGCCCAAUCACUCACCCUAAUCACCUCCGUUCUAGGGGCAACGAGCAAUUGGUUGGUUCUAAGGAUCCUAUGCGAUGCUCUAUCUUCCGGUAGCGGUCGAGGUGGAGAAGAGCUGGAGUUCAACGCUGGCCGGAGAGGGAUACGACGGGUGGUGCUCAUGAGCUUUUUGAGGGGGAUGGAGUUCUGGAGGGCGGAAGCGAGGAGAUUGGGACUGGAUCUUGCCAGACUAUCAAAACAAGGCAAUUUCGCUUUCAUAGACGGGGUCUCAGAACUCUUCUUGCCCGCACAAACAGACCCAGGUCCAGCGCCAGCGCCAGCCCCCCCUGUGGCAAGCGGCUCUCCAAUCCCCGCGCGGAUACCGUCGCACGCCACUCUAUCAGCUCGAGGGCCAGUAUCUAGCCGUUCUCCAACCGUAACUAGCCAUGGGAAGAGCAGUGGUAGUGCGUCAAGGAAACUUCGAUGGUCUGGUAUGGGAAACGCAGGCCUCGACUCCCUGGAGCUGGAGAUCGCCGCUGCCAUCGAUGACUUGAGCGGGGGUACGGCGUCUGAUGAAAAGCCGGUGGAAAACGAUGUUCUCCUUAUAGUGGAUCAGCCUGAUUUGCUCCUGGCUGCUACAGGUCCGGGAAUGGGUGUUGGGGCGGCGGAGAUGGGGGAGUUUUUGUUCGGGUUACGGCAGCGGGUUCAUUCUACGGUUGUCACACUUGCGGCAGAUUCGCCUCUGAUUCACGCAGGUUCUGCCGAGUUUAUGGAGCAACAACCAACGCCGCUUGAAAUAGAGCAUGCAUCCUUAGUUGUAGGGAUGGCGCAUCAAGCUAGAAUGGUUAUGCAGUUGAGAGGUUUAGACACAGGUGUUGCGCGAGAUGUCAGUGGCGUUCUACGGAUUAGUAGAGGGGGUGGGUGGGUUCCAGAAACGGAGAAAGGAGAUGGUCACGAUCAUGCGGGCUUGGAAGAGAAGGAGGUACUGUACUUUGUACAGGGAGAUGGUGCGGUUCGUGUUUUCGGUAGAGGCGAGUGAACGGGUUGAUCAUGGUUGUUAUAUGAAAUCACAUGUGUAAGAUUUUUCUGAGAGUAGAAUCAAUACCUCCAAUUGAAAGCAUUGAACGAAUCGUAAAACCGUUGGAGAAGUAAAGUGAUCAAUGACGCGGACGGC